ACUUUUGUAUUGUUUACAUUCCAAUACAACAACCACAUGGCAUUGACUUAGUGAUAAAUUCUUUUACAGGCUCUUUUCGCUUAUAAAAAGAAAGAAAAAAGAACCAAACGGAAAGUGUUAACAUUAAUUUAUAUUAUGGGGAAAAUAAAAAAUCAAAGAAAGCGUCUACACGACCAAAUUAAAGAGCAGCAACAUGUACAACCUGGUCAGAGUAAUAAAGCAGGAAAAGAUAGAAGACGAGUUGUAGAAGAUAUGGUUGGUAAUUUUUUAUAAUUAUUAAUUUAAUUAGCUUUUGGCUGCAGCUAUUCGGACCCGGGUCCCUUUAGACUACCCUAAAUGCUAUUCGGAUUUAAUUUGUGGUAGUUUGAAGAAGUAAGUUUACAAACAUGUAGUCUUAUAACUUAUACUUUAUACUUAUUAUACUAUUCACUAUAAGUAUAAGUGUCUUUUUUAUUAUAGUCCAUUCAUCAAUAAUCUCUCAUACUGUCAUUUUCAUCAUUUUGAUUUGAUACCGAAUUUUGUCUUACAAACCCAACGCUAACGCAAUAAUAAUAUUUUAUAACGAACCCAACCUCUCACUCUUUUCCAGGUCCAAAUAGCCACUUGUUUUACCUUUAGUUUUAUUAAGGCUACUCAAAGUUUUGUUAAAGUCAAAGAUAUGCUAGUCGCUAGUAAUCUACUACAUAAAUUAAAGGAUUGGGCUAUGUUUUUUUAAUGUCAUUGUACUUGUACUUAUUCAUUACAGCACUUUUAUAAAACAAAUAAUCCAAGGCAAUUUUUUUAAAUAGAAAAACUAAAACAAUUUAAAAAUAAAAAAAAAAUAAAAAAAAGAAAGAAGAAUUUAAACAAUUUGGCAUUUAAAAAAUGGUGUUGAUCCACCACAACGGAGUGUUUGUAUAUUAUACAUUCAGUGAAAACAAUUUGGAGUUUGGAGGGAUACAUCAUCUUUCUAUGCACUCUUGUAACAUGAUCUGGCACAUGAUGAGAAAACAGCACCCACUCUCUCUUUACGCCAUCGAAAAACCAGUUACCCUCUCUCUACUGACCACUGCCCAAGCGGUAGAUUUCAGAUACACUUAUUCAAUUGGCUGUAGCUAUUGGUAGUAAACUACCAAUAUAUUAAAUACUCUAAAUUACAAUUUUAAUAAAAAUUAAAUUUAUGUUAGGUCUUUUGAAUCAACAGACAUUUCGCAAAAAUAAGAUAAGAUAAGAUUUUUUUAUUGAUCCAAACAAAUGGAAAUGCUUUUUGAUUGCAUUGUUCAUUUUCAGCACAUAAAUAAAACAAUUUGAACACGAAACAUCCACAUUAAAUUAUUUCCCUAGUGUAAAAAAAACAGCCAUUCAGUGAAUUCUCUUAGCCAUAUCAGGGACUUAUUAGUUCUCCAUAAGAUUUGUGACUUCAGAAGAGCAUUAUGGAAAGCCGAAGUAAUGUAGAAGUCAAGGUUCUCCUGCAAGAGAAGUGCAGCUAAGACUACCAUUCCAGGAUCUGCCUCAUAAGCUUUUUGAGAAAGUGUCAAUAAGUUAGUCCAUUGUUUUACAAGGCGGAAGAAAGGGUGCCAUAUAUUGAAUCAAUUAUGUGUCUAUUACAUAUCUUUAAAAUUCUAUGUAAUUUUUUUUUUCAGUUUGUUGAUGAAAAAUUAUCCAAAAAGAUUUUGGCUCAAGCUCGUAAACAAGGGGAAGAUUUGCAGAAAGAGAUAGAUGGGUUAGUUAUUAUUUACUUUUCUAGGGUCAUACCAGUCACAUAAAUGGCUUCUUUUGGAAUUCCAAAAAUGAACUUUCUUAAAGAGGUAUACUUUAAGGAUAGUAUCAUUAUGUAAUAUAAGGAUUUAGGAUCCAAGCCUGAAAAAAAAAAAGUAUUUUCUCUGGUUCAAUGCUUUUUUUGUUGUCGCCAAGCUAACAUUGUCAGGUGAGAGACAUCAAACAGUCUAAUAAUCUCUAGAACAACUCAUUUUAUUUAAAAGACUAAACCUUAAAAUGAUAAUCUACACCGAAAAUGUUACUUGUGGUCUUUUAAUGUCUUAAGUCUUGACUACUGUAUUUGCUCAAAGCCACCUUUAAUUUAGGCACAUUCGGGAUAAUUAUAUUCCAUUUGUAAAUUCAUCAUUAAAGCUGAACAUGUAAUGUUUUAAUUACAUAAAUUGUUUAUGUCUGCUUUAAAGCUUUAUCACAGUCCAACACUCUUAUAAUUAUUUAAUUAUGUUCCAUACAAUCAUUCCUGAACAUAUCCUGGAAAAGAAGCUAACAGUUUUGAAUAUAACUGACAUUGUGGUUUCUGACCCAUCCCUCGCCCAUCUUUUUUAUCUGUAUGUUCUGGAAAUUGACCUGUUUCUUAAAUUGAUAAAAUAUGUUAUUUUUUUACUUUAAGGCAUUGAUCUUUCUCAACUUGGCACUUUGUGUCCUGGCAAAAUUUAGUUUGGCCUCCAUUGUUAAACUGAAGGAUAUUUCCAAUGCACGUAGCAAAAAAGCUUAAAAUUGUACAAAGGAUAGAAGCUUGUUGAAUUAAACUUGAGCGUUAUGUUCUUUUUAUUCAAAUGCUCAACAAUCCUAUUCUACUGCUGCAUAUUUGAAACGCAGACUUGUAAAGACUAUUAAUACAUUUUUUGUGGUAAUUUUCAGUGUAAAACCAAAGGCAAAGCAGACAGUUCCUAAACAGUUUAAUCUUGGCGGUGCCUCUCAUGCAGACAGUGAUUCUGAUGAUGAAGAGGCCAACAAACACUUGUUUGAUAAUUUUAGCAGCUUGGAAAAAACUGUUAUGGUAAGAGAAUUGUACUAGGUUUCUUCAAAUCGCAGAAUCAUAAUUUGGGUAAAACACCAUUUGAGUUUUCAGUGGUGUUCAGCAAAUAGCUUUGUUUAAUCAUACAUACCAAACUGUGGGGUAAAACUGUACAGAAAGUCCCCCCAAAAAUGUGCAACAGCAUAAAAAACUACAGAAACAAAUGAAAACUAAAAAAAAACAAAAAACAUUUGUGUCUAGGUAUUAAAUGCAUGCUUUAAAAAUGAAAUAUCUCCCCUUUGUAGUGGCACAUUUUAAUCAUGUUUACAUUUACAUCAUUCAUUAAUGGGUAGAUUUGUUUUAUUUUCAUCAAAUUUUGAGUAAAUUUACACUUCUCAAUAGCAAAUUGUGUGCAAAAUGAACUCACAUGAUGAGUUUGAUAGUAAUUUAGAUGUCAUUAGAAAUAAUUCUUUGGUUAAUUAUACUAGCUGUAGGAGUACCGAUUCCUGUAUUUACAUUAAUGAAAUAAUAUAUUGUCAUCUCAGUGCUGACAAAGUUAAAGAGUUCAGUUUAGCGUCAACAUCUAACCUCCUUUUUACACUCUAAGGUACUGGAAGAAAAUAUCAUGAGGAUAGACUUUUUAAAAACUCUGUGUGGAUAGUUAAUAGGAAGUUUCCAGCUUGAGUAAAAUAAUAAUUACAAAAUAAUAAAAUAUAUAUAGCCUAAAAUUCUCACUGAUUUCAACUAUAAAUAAUGUAUACUUAUAGAGUGAAGAAGAAUAGAUUACUUAUAGUAGCUACUACCUUACUGCUCUGCCUUAGUUUCAAUAAAUGAUAUUAAUGAAACCGCACUCAGUUUCUAAUUUAGAUGGCAGAUGAGAAUUAAGCUUCCUGUUGUCUAAUAUUUCUUUUUUAAAUCCAGUGAAAAUCUUUACAAAAGCCUUACAGCAGUACACCUCUGCAAUUGUAUAAAGUAUGGGUAAACCAUUAGGCAUGUAUGGUAUAAUGUUAAUAACUUUGCAAAAUUUAUUAAGAGAUUUUUUUUGUUGUUCUGUUUUAUCUGUUAACUUAAAGUUUAUUUUGUACUUAGGAAAUUAAUGAUGAAGAUGAAGAAGACUUAAGGAAGUUUAUGAAUCCAAAUCCAAAGCAAAGAAGAACUUUAGCAGAUAUUAUCUGUGAAAAGUUGGCUGAGAAAAAAACUGCCAUGUCAGGUAUGUACAUACAACAACAAAAAUUAUUUGCCUGAAAUGUCUAUUUUAGUAGACCAGAUGUAGUAGUUACUACUUUUCAGACAGUACUUUGAAUUUAAAAAAGAAAUCAUCCUUAAAAAAAUGUAACUACCUGAAACCUAAGGGUAUUAGAACAUGUUAUGAAGUUAUACAUAAUUUUGACAACAAAUUUCCUCUAAUCAUAAUGAUAAACAACUGAGGGAUCCAAAAAUUCAUAUUGUUAUAAUAAAUUCUAAUAAACAAAUGAGAUGAAGUAUUCCAACUGAGAUGGUUUAAUGUUAAUGCAACAGCACACCCCUGUCAGUUCUAGUAUAUAAUCUAGAUCAGGGGUGGGAAAACUUUGUGUGCAUAAGGGCCACAUUGACUCAUGAAAAGCUAUUGGAGGGCUGCAUAUAUAUUUUGCCAUAUUAGCAUUACAUUACGAAGGUCAAGGACUAUUUACAAAAAUAGAAAAUUGGAAAGAAAUUUUAUUUUAAAAAAUUUUUAAAUCAUAACAGUACAUGAAAUUCUGUAAAAUUGAACAAGAUAAUUUAAAAACUAAGUAAUUUUAUUAUAUUUCUAAAUGCCCUCGGGGGCUGCAUAACAUCAGAUGCCGGGCCGUAGUUUGCCCACCCCUGAUCUAGAGUAUCAAUUUUCUUUAUUUAUUUUUCCUCAUAAGCAGGUAAAAAGAAAUAAUAUACAAUGUAUAUUUACUUUUAUCCGAAUAGAAAUGAUGAGUGAAGUCCACAUUGAAGAGGAUAUUGAUGAGACAGUGAGAGAACAUUUCAUUAAAAUUGGAGAAGUCUUAUCACACUAUAGAAGUGGGAAGCUGCCGAAAGGUUUCAAGGCCAUUCCAAGCUUUCCUAACUGGCAGCAGGUUGGUUGUAUUUUAUGCAGUUGUUUAAAUAAAAUAAAUCAAUGUUAAAUUUACCCCAAAUCUAACUACAGUUGAUGAGGAUGAACCUUAGCGAAUUAAUUUAUUUUACUCUGUUAUCAGUUUUUAAAAUAAUUUUUUUUUUGUUGUACUAGCUUUUAGAAUUGACCAAGCCUGAAAAUUGGACUGCUGCAUCUGUUUAUGCUGGAACAAGAAUUUUUGUAUCUAACCUGCCAAAAUAUCAAUUUAAAGAGUAAGUGUUGAUAAAUUUUAAUAUGUAGAGCUAUUUUUCUUAAGAAUCUUUUUUGGGUUGCAAGAUCAAAGGAAAAACAUGAUAUUUCAAUGUGUUCUAAUUUAAUCUACUUUAAUUUGUUGUGUGUCAGCUUUGUUAAGAUACUAAGAAUGUUUUCAAAUUUAUUCAAUUUUUUUCCAGUACAAGUUUCCAUUUUUAGUAAUUACAAAAAAACAACUAACUUACAAAUUUCUAUUUUAUUUUAGUUUUUGUUCACUGGUCCUUUUACCUCGUAUCAGAGAUGAUAUAUUGGAAUACAAACGUUUAAAUUUUCACUUAUUUCAGGUAAGUUGAUAUCAUAAGGAAUAAACAAUUAGUAUGUUACAAUUAUAAUGUGCAGGUUAAAAAAGUUAUUAUAAUUUUUUUUCAUUAAAAAAUAACAGUCUUUAUUGGCAGUUUAACAGUUUUUAAAGCUUUAUUAUGUUCAAAAAUACAAAUAAAAAAAUUAUUUGCAGGCUUUGCACAAAGGUAUAUACAAGCCAGGAGACUUUUAUGAAGGAAUAGUGUUGCCCUUGUGUGAGGUAAAUUGGUUUAUUAAUGAGUUAAAUGUAUUUAUUUAUAAUAAUUAAUUAUGUCAUGAUUGAUUAAAUGUCAUAAUCCAUUUUUUUUAAAAAUUAAAUAUCAUGCAAUGUUCUUUAACCAAAAUAUUUUCAUGCCAUUUGUUUAGGCUGGUGACUGCACAUUGAGGGAAGCAACGAUUGUGGCUGGAGUUGUCUCUCAAACAUCUAUACCAGUAGGUUACUCUGCUGCAGCACUCAUUCUCAUUUCAAACAUGGACUAUAAUGGAGCCAAUAGUAUUUUUAUGCGUGCAAUUCUGAACAAGAAGUACUCUUUGCCACUAAAAGCAAUAGAUGCUGUUGUAGAACAUUUUGUGAGGUAAGGUUUCAGUGAAUUGUAAACAGUGUUUUUAUAGUGCAGCGUUUCCCAAUCAUAUUUUUACCUGACUUUUUUUUUUAAUACUUCUCCUUCAUGCCACUCUAACAUUUAUGACCUAUAGGUGCCAUAUAAUAGAUAUGAAUCUCCUCACAGUUUUCAUAUAUUAUAAAAAAAAAUAUACAGGACUGUAAAGAAAUCAAACUUACCAAUGAUUUAUUAAUAAGAAGCGUGAUGCUGUUUCUUGGUAAAUAAAAAACUCCAGGUUUGGAGAAAAAGGAUGAUAGCUUUAUUCUGAGAUCCAUUUCGCCUUCAAGUCGGUUUUUAUAUUUAUUUUGUAGGAAAACCAACGUUGAAAAGCCUGUUACACACACUUGUUAGAAAUUCUAUCACCUUUUCUGAUACAAAUGGGUAUUCAAGAUGACAGCACAACCAAAAAUCCAUCAGUGGCAUUCUGUCAAAGAUGUCUUUGAGUGCUGUCUUACAACACAUUUCAAUUAUAGAACCAAUAUCUGUUUUCAUGUUCACUGUAAAGGGGUUUCUUAUCCAUGCUUUGUUAAUGUUGAUUGGGGGGAAAUAUUCCUUCAGACUUGUUUCUAGUCCUAGCGGAUAAUUCUUGAUAGCAGCUGAAAUCUCAUCCGGCAUGGAGGCCACUUUAUACUCCAUUUGUGAUUCUGUUAGCUUUGUAAAAGAUAUGUCAUUUCCUGCAUCCUUGUGAUGGGACCAAACAUCAAGUUUUUUUGCUGCAGUUUACAUUGUUACCUUGUAGUGUCAGAUUUAUAUUUUUUUUAAAAAUCCAAAAGGUAGGCUACCUUGAUUAACAUAUCGACUCAUAAAAUUGUCUUAUAUUCAAAUAUUGUAUCCUUUGGAAUGAAGGUCCUAGAACAUUAAUACUUCUUCCUUCAUUUCAAUAAGUCUUUUAAACAUUCCCUCUUGAUAGCCAGCACACCUCCCAGUGUAGAAGAAGAUGUUCAUGCUGACUCUCCAUUUGGUGCACAAUGCAGGGGAUAUUCUUGAAUUCAGUGGAUGAGAUUUUAUGAAGUUUACAAAUUUUACACACUCUAGCACAGUUGCAGUGGCAUUUUUUUUUAUGACCAGUGCUUCUCUAUAAAUGCUACGAUGCACCCAUACACAGUCCGGUGCUAUGGCUUUGAUCCUCAAAACAAGUCCAGUAAGAGCGCCCCAUCGCUACUCAUACUCAGCCUGACACAUUGGUUCCAUUCAAUGCCAUUUUAGAUGUUAUAAAUUUUGGAAGUAUAAAUCAAUUUUUCAGCUUUUUUUUCUUGUCAGAAUUUACAAAUGGGGAAUUCUUUAUGAGUUGUUUUGUCAAAAUUGUAUCGCACAAAACACAUUGGCAUUGUCUGAUAUGUCUGCAUUUUCAUUGAAUGGAAUUUUAAAUGACUUUAAAAAUUUCUUCUAUAUUAUCUGCCAUCUCCUUCUUCGCUUCAGUGGCGUAACAACGGCUUAGGAUUGGGGCAUUUGCCAAGGGCGCCACUAAAUCUCUAAUUUUUAAAUUUUUAUUUAUACAAAAGGGCGCCAAAAAUAAAUUAGCCAAGGGCGUCAAGAACCCAGUUACGCUCCUUCUUAGCUGCACCAUAUUAUCUGACUGUGCCAGCACAUUUAAUUAGUCCACCUGUUUUUUUAUCUCAUGCUCGAGAUGCUAGCAUUUUCAUGGCUGGAGCUAUUGAUUUCAUCAUUUAAUAUUGAUAUUUAAUAAGAAGCCAUUGCAAGGUUUUCAGAUCAGAGUCCCAGGAAAAAUUCAAGACCAUAAUCUUUUUGGUACAGUAGCUAUUAAUUCUCUUCUAUUUUUAUCUACUGCAUUACUUCCUGUAUUCCUAAGGGUUCAAAUCCAAGAGCUGCUUCAGCAUCUUUGAUGAACCCCAAUUUUAUUUAAUCCUUAGAAUACUUUCAGGUUCAGGUCUCCUUCUUUUUUAUUAAAGUAGUAGAGUGCACAUCCUGCUGCCGUUUGUUGGUGACAUUCUCAGAACUCGUGUCCAGCUGCACAUCAAACAACUGUCUGUUGAUGCCACUCUAAGAACCUUGAAAACAUCCGCCUGCACAUCACUCCAUUUUUCAUCAUUGCUAUUCGAAGAGUUUGUAACUGGCUCAUUAUUCUUUUAUUGUUUUAUUAUCCAUCGACAAACUAAAUGUGAGUAAAGUGAUUAGUUAAACCAUAGAAAAAAUAUGCCUCUCUCUACACCUAAUUUAAACCAUACAAACUGAGUAAGUUCUGAUGGUUAAAACAAAAGCCAGAUGAUUGGAGCUGUGGUCAUGCGUCUGUCCCAACAUUGCGGUCCUUCAAAACUAAGUUGAACACACAUAUUUUUUGCACUCACCUGCUGGGGUGAUGUAGUGUACCUCUUUGUUUCCAGCUUGCUCAUACGCCUCGAUGUAGAUUUUUUAUUGUUGCGUUUUGUAUUUUAUUUGUGGAGAAAUAUAAAUUGUCAUAUAUAGUUGAUUUUGUACCCCGCUUCGAACCUUAUUGAGGGUUAAAGCGUGUUUUUGAAAUAGCUUUAUUAUUAUUGGUCUAUUUUGCCACUAACAGCAAGACUAGUGAUAGACUCUAGGGCUAUGGUUAGAAUCAGUCUGCUUGGAAAAAUUAACUAUAAUAGGCCUAUCCCUUGUAAGUCACAAUAAUCUAACCUAUAUUUUCAACAAAUUUUUUGUCUUCUUUUAGCAACCCGGUAAUUUUGCUUUUGUGGCCUGGUACCAGGUCGCGACCUGGCAUUUGAGAAACGCUGAUCUAGUACAUUAAGUUGAUUAAGUACUUUAAAAAAAAUUAUAUUGUUUUUGUUUAAGUCAAAAUACUGAGUCUGGCAGAUGGGCUCCUUAAUAUCUCUAAAUUACAUUUUUCAUCUUUUCCAAGUAAAAGUGUAGUCUCCAUCUUAAUAUUUGUAAUAAUUUUUUUUUUUUUUGACAUAAAUAUAAUUAUUUCAGUUUAUUUAAUUUUAUCUCACUUUUUCCCCCUUUCUUUUGCUCAGGUUUAUGGAUGUAAAUGAGAAAAUGCCAGUUCUAUGGCACCAGUGCUUGUUGACAUUAGCUCAGAGAUACAAAAAUGACCUGACAAAGCAGCAGAAGUCACAGAUAUUAAAGUUGUUAACACUACAUGAACACCAUGAAAUCACACCUGAAAUUCGAAGAGAAAUCACACAGAGUAAAAGGUGUAGAGGGGACCCUGAAAUUGAAGAUGAUGACAUAGCUGCUAAUUAACAGUAGAGUGGUUUCAAUGGGUUUGUGCAUAUUAUAGAAAUAGAUUAAAUUUAAGUCUCAUCAUGUUACAUGCUCCUCUGUUUGUUGUGUAAUAAUUUCUCCUGAAAGAUUCUUGUGUGCUAAUUUUCAGUAUGGACAUGAAGUCUGAAUGAUAAUUUAAGUGGUUACAUUUCGAACCUAAUGAAGCUAUUUAAUUUUAUAUUUUCUUAAUGGAUUGCCCUAUUUAAAAUCAAUUGUCAAUCAAGUAAAUAAUUUUAAAAAAUCAUUUGGAUUUGUAAAGAUGUCAAGUUUUCUCAGCAUUUGUGUUAAUGUAAAUAUCAUGCAAAUGUAAAUAAAG